AUGGUCACCAUCGAUAUCGCAUUCUUCCCCCACAUCUUCGACAGCAUCUUCGAGGCUUCUGACCAUAAUGCCUUGAUUCGACUACGACAAACAUGCCGCGCGCUUCGUAGCCGCAUUGACGACGAAUGGGGGCAUUUGGCGUGGCUCGUCAAAGACGACCGGCCAUAUGCGGCAGUCAAUCGGCGUAGCCUCAUAAUCCCCUGUGACUCGCCUUGCCUUAGACUCACUACCGUGCUCGACAUUUGCCACGCCGAUGACUGGUGCGACGUCAAUGAAGUCCCGUCCUGCUGUCGGCCUGAGGUUAUCAGAAUCUUCUGUCUCGGGAUCAUACCGCUGACUGCCUGCACCAAAACAAUCAUCAUUCUGGACCAGGAGUGUGGAGACAUUGCUGGCUACUACAUGGAGCCUCCCCCCGACCCGCAGUUCUCCAUUAACAUAAUCUACAAACUAGAUUACAUGGUCUGGGAAGGUUCCGAGGGACGUUGUCCUCCGUUCUUCUCCUAUGUCGGCAGAAUGAAGCGAUCCGCCGACGUAUACCUGCUGUUGUCGGGUUGCAAUCCUACCGGAGACUGCGUCAAAGAUUUGUGCUACUUUAUGAUGGAAUCUUUGACGGGCUACAAGAGUGGCGUUCGGGAAGGGGAAGCACCGCUCGGCUACGAACACAACUUCUACUUUGUCGACGUCCCAUCGUGGUUCGACACCUCAAUCACCGAUCUGUCUAAAGAUGACUCUGAACGUCUCGAUCGUAUUUUGACCACGCCCAGUACUUUCUACGCCCAUAUGUUGGCGGAGGCUGGAUACGAGGAGGGACUGGAGGACGGCAGUGAAGCAGAGUAUGCUCGCCACUGGCCACGCCUGGUGGUUCUGGAGCGCGUCUUCAAGCAAGUGCACUGCAUUUCGAGGGAACAGAUGCGCAAGCGUGUUGGCGAUAAAGCAUUCGACCUCACUUUUGCACCACCUAUGAGAACUAAUGUAUAG